AUGUCUUCCUACCGGACUGUUAUCCUUUACGCGGAACAACGGCUAGCGGCGCGGCGGGCUGCGCGGGCGGAGGCGCGCGAGAUCCGCAUGCGAGAGUUGGAGCGUCAGCAGCGCGAACAAGAGGACCAUGCUGACAAGGCCUACGACAUGUAUGCCGAGACGGUGGGGCGGCGGACAGGCACCCGGCUGACGGGGCAGCCCGCGGCGCUGCACUCGCCGCGGCGGAGCUCCGAGGACUCCGCUGACGACACGUUCAACGUCAAGGACCUUAGGGGGGAGUUAAAAGAAGUAGAAGAAAAGUUCCGCAAGGCGAUGAUCCUGAAUGCGCAGCUCGACAACGACAAGGCUGCGCUCGGCUACCAGCUCGAGUUACUAAAGGAUCGCAUCGAAGAACUACAUGAAGAAUACGCACAGUUACAGCGUGAGCACAAAGAGAAAUGCUCAGCGCACGAGCGUCUAAAACGCGAGCACGCGUCCCUAGAACGCGAGCUCGGCGCGGCGAACGCGGUCAGAGCGCGCGAUAUCGCCGCCUCGGACGCCGGGUUUGCCUUCGUCGACGCCGCGCCCGCGACUAACGGGGAGGAGAACCAAGUGUCCACGAUACCGCCGCUGGCGCUAGUGUCGCAUCAGAAUGAGAAGUUGCUGAACGACGCCGGAGAGGGAACGUUAGAUGUCCGGUUGCAAAAGCUGCUAAGCUCAAAGCAGUCCCUGGAGGGCGAGGUGCGGCGCCUCAAGCUGCAGCUGAACGAGGAGCGCCACAACGGCGUCGCGCGCGCGCACGACCAGGACCUCGAGUCUGAAUUGGAGGCCCUCCGCAAGUCCAACGCGGAAGCGAAGGCGCGGGCGGCGCGCGCCGAGGCCGAGGCGGCGCUGCAGGCCGCGGCGGGGGCGCGGCUCGGCGCGCAGCUGCAGCGGCUCCGGGCGCAGGCCGACGCCCGCGACGACGCCGAGGAGCAGCUCAAGCAGGAGCGCAGGAAACUGCAGCGCGAGGCCCGCGAAGCCCUAAACCGAGUGGAAGAGCUGGAGACGGAGAACAGCCACCUCACGAAGCGCCUCGACAAGCUCAAGAACGCCAAGUCCGCGCUGCUCAAGGAGCUGUGACCCGGCCCCACGCCGACCCCUAUCUAAACAUACAGUCUAUAUGGCCGGAGGCUGUUCAACACUUGGGUCACACAUUGGGUCGUGUUUAAGCUCCAACUUCCUCGUCCGUGUGACGCUCCGGGCUUUCGGCCUUGCGCGGAGCUCGGCCUUCGCUGGGCUUCAAACAAGCUCACGAAGACCAAUUCCGCGCUACUCAAGGCGCUGUGAGUUGUGAGUCACAACACAACCCCGUACUUCAGCCUAAUCACACGCAGUCUAUAUUAUAAUCACUAUUUCAGUCCUAGCCGAAGUGACAAUCGAUGACGCUACGUGGCCGUCGAAACGCAGUCUGUCUCUGUCGUGCCAGUAGAGGAGAACUAGCUACUAAACGUUUCCGAUGCCUUAGCGAUUGUGAUGUUGGCUGGUGCUCUGCUGUGGCUUAGCCCGAGCAUCAUAAAUAUGAACUCAGCUGUGACAGAAGAAAGUCUAAAUUACAAUAACGCGAGCUGCAAUCAUGGCUUAUUCGCCCGAAGGCAUUGUGUAAUACAUCAAUACCUUAACCCGAUGACGUAAAGUCUAAUUGUAAGUUGUGUCUUCAAAAAUAUUUGCAGUAUAUCAUAUCUUGUGUGCUGAUUCAACGUGUGGCAAUACCUAAAUGCAGUAUGGGACACUUGUCUGAUACCAAUCAACAUGUAGCCAUGUAAUAUAAUGUAGGUAAAAAUGCUGAAUCUUCAGCGGAAUGGACUACCAUGCCAUUGCCAUGUAUGUCUGCAAAUUUAUCUUGAACAGGAACGGGGAUAAACACGCAAUUUUUUAUUGUAAUUUAUUUAGGUUUUGGGAAUGGAAGUCCAUAUGAACAAGCCGUGACAUGUUAUACACCCAAACAAUUUGGUUGUGUUGUAAAACAUUUAAUAAUUCUAAUAUUUGUAAAUUGCUUGAUAAUGUUAAUUUUUGUAUAAAUAAUCAUGUGUAUAAUUAAUUUGUUUUAAUGAUAAUUAUUUAUUCCUAAUGCAUUGAAUUAUGUUCGUAUUUUUCUGUAUAUUUUCUAUUUUUAUUUAAGAAUAAUGAAUAAUGAUAGCUUGCCGAUAUUUCGCUUCGCGUACUAAUAUUAAAAUUUAUUUUAUUACUUGCCAUUCGGUAUCACAAAUUUGAUUUAUUUGCAAUAAAAUGGAAGAGGAAGUACGAAUGGAAGAGUGGGAAGGUCACAUGGUUAAUAAAGGGGGUAAUGGAGACCCAGUAUAAGAUAACAUAUGUACAUGCAUUUAUUAUUAUUGGCUUCAUGUAAUUUAGCUGGUUAUUAUUUCGAUAACGGUAGAAAUAAAAUAACAGCUUUUUAUAGACAAUAAUUGUAAGAAAACCUUGUGAUUUGUCUGUUAUAAAGGGCCAGCUAAACUAUAAUUAGUCAGUAUGUCAAAAAUGAGGAGGCACAUUGAAAGGUUUGGAGGCGCA